UGGAUCACAAACAUAAGAAAACCGUGAGAGGGACAGUAAAGUAAUGCCAGAAAACUGAAAACGCGCUGAAAAAGAUUGCUUUUCUCUAUACUGCACUUUUUUGUUGGUUUAACUUUUUUUUCUCCCAGUGUCUUUAUGUUGCGGUCCUAAUAAGCAUUUUUUUCCAAGUCUAAAGUUUUUCAGUGAUGCCUGCUGGCAUGUUCAGCAUCGACAGUAUUUUGGCUGGCAGACCCAGCUGUAAGGAGUCAGUUUUACUACAUCGGAAUGCGCCGGCCGUCUUUUCUAAUCUGACCGACUCUCUUUACGCUACAGCAGACUACAGUGGGCUUUACCCCCACUCAGGACACCCAGCCUCCAACAUGUCAGCUGUGAGUGGAUCUAGACUUGGAUAUAACAAUUAUUACUAUGGACAAUUUCACGUGCAGGGCGCCGCUGGACCAGCGUGCUGCGGCACAAUACCCCUCGGCGCACAGCAGUGCCCGUGCAUCCCGGCAGGUUACGAAGGCCCUGGAUCGGUUUUGCUGUCCCCGGUCCCUCAUCAAAUGAUGUCGUAUAUGAAUGUGGGGACCCUGUCAAGGACAGAAUUACAGCUUCUGAACCAACUGCACUGCAGACGGAAGAGAAGACACCGCACCAUCUUUACCGACGAACAGUUGGAGGCCUUGGAGAACCUGUUUCAAGAAACGAAAUACCCCGAUGUGGGAACAAGGGAGCAACUGGCUAGGAGAGUACAUCUCAGAGAAGAAAAAGUUGAGGUAUGGUUUAAAAAUCGUAGAGCCAAAUGGAGACGUCAAAAGAGGUCAUCUUCGGAAGAAUCGGAAAACUCGCAGAAAUGGAACAAGUCGAAAAUAUCGACUGAAAAAACGGAAGAUGAAGGGAAGAGCGACGUGGACUCGGACAGCUGAUAAAUUCUUCUCCGGUCUUCCUUACAAUUUAAAGGCUCCGGACUUUUUCGCGCAUGGAGUCGAAAAUCUUGCACAAACCCUAAAGUAUUUUGUACAUAGUGUAUAUAAUGUGUGGAGUUGAUGUAAUAAAAUGUGUUGCGAUGAUGUUGCACAAAUAUAGAUAUGAAAAUAUUAUAUAUAUAUAUUGAUGUGAUGGAUACAGUAUUUAAGUUAAAAGUGACUUAAGCCCGUAAGGUGUACAGUAAACCUUUCUCGUAUUAAAACGCCUGGAAACGCAAUGCUGAUUUUUUUUUUUUAAAUAGUGAAGUUUACUUUGGACAGAAGCUGGUUACAUGGACAUUUGGACAAAAUGCAGAGACGUGGAUUUGCCGAAUGUAAGAAUACAUAUUUAUAACUGGUGCCGACUACGGAUACACACUUGCAGUCAACGGGAUGCUGCUGCUGAAUUCUGAGUAAAAAUGUGAGAUGCAGAAGUUUACAGCAGUUGGCUGGGUUUUCAGUUAAUAUUUCAUUAUGAGUGGUGGCAUGUUUGCAAGGCAAAUUUCCAUUAUCAGAAAUGCUUCAUACUGAAUAAAAAUAACUU